CCUCAGUCUCCUGCUCCUCAGCUCUCCCCUUCCCACCACCCCCAUGACUCCAUCCCCGCCAGCCCCUAUGGCUUACACCCGCCACCAUCUGCCCUGGGGAUGACCCCUAUGCCUCAGGGGAAGCCCUGAGGGAAAAUGGUUUAAGCUGAACUAGGCCUUGUCCAGACUAGGAAAAGAAGAUUAACUCUCUCUGAUCACUUGUAUCACGUGCCUUGGAAUUGGACCUGCAGAUAAUGGCAUUACAUCCACGCAGAGUUCGUUUGAAACCCUGGCUAGUAGCCCAGGUAGAUAGUGGCAUGUAUCCAGGCCUCGUAUGGCUUAAUCGAGAAGCAAAGCGAUUUCAGAUCCCCUGGAAGCAUGCAACUCGACACAGUCCUCAACAUGAAGAGGAGAACACCAUCUUUAAGGCAUGGGCUGUGGAAACAGGGAAGUACCAGGAAGGAGUUGACGAUCCAGACCCUGCAAAAUGGAAAGCACAGCUCCGAUGCGCUCUUAACAAAAGCCGGGAGUUCAACCUGAUGUACGAUGGCACAAAAGAGGUGCCCAUGAAUCCCGUUAAAAUUUAUGAAGUGUGUGAUAUCCCACAGUCCCAAGGAUCAAUCAUUAACCCAGGCUCCACUGGCUCUGCUCCAUGGGAUGAGAAAGAUAAUGACCUUGAUGAGGAGGAGGAAGAGGAACUGAAUCCAUCUCAGCAUGUUCCCAUACAGGAUACCUUUCCAUUUCUUAAUAUCAAUGAUUCCCCAAUGGGGCCAGCCAGUGUGGAAAACUGCAGCCCUGAAGCGGUGUGGCCAAAGAAUGAACCUCUAGAUAUGGAGAUGCCUCCAUCUGCUCUGCAGCACGAUUUCUUCAGCUCUCCUGAGCUCUGGAUUAGCUCUCUUCCUAUGACAGAUCUAGAAAUCAAGUUUGAGUAUCGAGGAAAAGAGAUUGGGCAGACGACGACUGUAAGCAACCCCCAGGGAUGUAGACUCUUCUAUGGAGAACUGGGCCCUAUGCCAGACCAAGAAGAGCUGUUUGGACCUAUUAGUUUGGAGCAAGUAAAAUUUCCAGGAACAGACCAAAUCACCAACGAAAAGCAGAAGAUCUUCACAAGUCGGCUACUAGAUGUUAUGGACAGGGGACUGAUUCUGGAGGUCAGUGGCCAUGCCAUCUAUGCCAUUCGGCUCUGCCAGUGCAAGGUGUACUGGUCUGGACCAUGUGCUCCUUCAUCCAUCGCACCAAACUUGAUUGAGAGACAAAAGAAAGUCAAACUCUUCUGUCUGGAAACAUUUUUAAGUGAGCUGAUUGCCCAUCAGAAAGGACAGGUAGAAAAACAGCCACCUUAUGAGAUCUACUUCUGUUUUGGAGAAGAAUGGCCUGAUGGAAAACCUAGGGAGAGAAAGCUGAUAGUGGUUCAGGUAAUUCCAGUGGUAGCUCGGAUGAUUUAUGAAAUGUUUUCUGGUGACUUCACACGUUCCUUUGACAGCGGCAGCGUGCGGCUUCAGAUCUCCACACCUGACAUUAAAGACAACAUUGUUGCCCACCUGAAACAGCUGUACCGCCUCCUGCAGACUCACCAAGAGGGCUGGCCAAUGCAGGCACCAACUAUGCAUAUUGCUCAGCCACUCCCAGCACAAUGAUGUAUUUUCAAGUCUCUGACUUAACUCUGCUCCACUCUCUGGUUUCUUAUAUGUACAUAGAAAAGGAUAUUUUUAAAUGGUGCCUUGCCCCUAUAUAAAUAAAACCUGUGUAAAUCCUAUAUACAGAUGGUCAAAUUUCAACAGUAUAUGAAAUUCACUUUUUUGAGAGAAUAAAAUGAAAGGCUUUGAAGCAGUACCUUUAGUUACACUACACUUUUGAUCUCAGGCUAGUUUGCUUAAGCAAUCUAUGUAUAAAUCACAGGUUUUAACAUCUUAAAUAUUUUUAAAUAGCUAAUGCUUGCAGCCUUGUGUAUAAAAUAGUUGAUCAAUGUAAAAAAACAGUUUUAAUUAUCAACUGUCAAUGUGCUUUUUAUUCUCUAUUAAAAUUGCUUUGAGAAAUAAUGAA